UAUGCAUUAUUCCGUACUCUUAGCUGCGGUUAGCCAUUUAAUAAUGGGUGCUUCGAGUUCGACGCUGUAAACUUCCCCAUCAAGAUUGCGAUUUUCGUCGCGAGGAGACAGACAGAUUCGGCGCCUGAUGAUGAACGAAUGAAUCAAUUGAGGAGAAUCUUCUGAGUUCCAACGCCGUUGUUGAUCAAUUUCUCGUCAAAUUAAGGCUGUUUUUGAAUGAAUGCACGAUGAACACUGCUCCAGAGCAAUACCAAUCACCAUCGCCGGCGCCGGCGGAGGCGCGAUCUUCUGGUGCCCAGGAAAAGGCUCCUGCAGCCCAGCAGGUGUCGGUGGCUGAGGAAUUCAAAGCGGCGCCGACUGCGAAGCUUUCGUUCCCAGAUCGCGAUGCCCUCGUCAGCGGCGGUGGAAAGAGCUUUCUUACAGGAGAUAAAAAGGGCAAGAUUACUUAUGGAUAUUCCAGUUUCAAGGGUAAACGUGCAUCCAUGGAGGAUUAUUAUGAGAUACGUGUCUCAGAAGUUAAUGGUCAAACAGUUGCCCUAUUUGGAGUUUUCGACGGGCAUGGUGGAUUCAGAACUGCGGAGUACCUGAAGAAAAAUCUGUUCAAAAAUCUAAGCAACCACCCAGAGUUUAUGCGAGAUACCAAGGCAGCUAUUGUUGAAUCAUUUAGACAGACGGAUGAUGACUACCUUAAUGAGGAGAAGAACCAGCAGAAGGAUGCAGGUUCAACUGCAUCAACUGCAGUUCUUGUACACGAUAAACUUUUCGUUGCGAAUGUGGGAGAUUCUAGAGUUGUUGCAUGUAGAGCCGGUUCAGCUGUUCCUUUGUCUAUCGACCACAAGCCUGAUAGGUCUGAUGAACGAGAAAGGAUAGAACAAGCUGGAGGUUUCAUAGUUUGGGCAGGGACAUGGCGAGUUGGCGGUGUUCUUGCUGUUUCUCGUGCAUUUGGAGAUAAAUUACUUAGGCCAUAUGUAGUGGCUGAGCCUGAAAUUCAGGAAGAAGAGGUCGAUGGGGUGGAGUUCAUCAUAGUUGCAAGCGAUGGGCUUUGGAAUGUUCUCUCAAAUAAGGAUGCUGUGAAUAUCGUGCAAGAUAUCACAGAUGCUGAAGCAGCUGCACGAAAACUCAUUGAAGAAGCGUAUGCUCGAGGGAGUUCAGACAACAUUACCUGCAUAGUAGCUCGUUUCGAGAACUGACAGCAGACAACAACAACUUUUACAUUAUCCGGUUACUUGUUAUAGCUUCUUCUUCUUUUUUUUUUUUUUUUUUUUUUUUUAUGUUGGGUCAUAAAAUUUGCAGGCCUAAGUUUUCAGGUAGUGUAAGUUAUGGAAUUAGUUUGUUUAGUCCUUGUGGACAAUAAUCUUUGAAAGGGUUGGAAACAAAUGACUACCAUAUAUGAACCCGAUUCAAUUCUCUGAUUGGAUUUGUUUUGUCAAGAACAAUUUGUAUGUUGUUUUGCUUCUUUCCCUGGUUUAAUUGAAUAAAGUGGUUAAAAUAAAGCUGUCUGUGUGUUU